AUGUACAUGGAAGGAGGCUUCUUUGUGGUGGGCAUGAAGCUGGAGGCCAUUAACCCUCUAAACCUGGGCAACAUCUGUGUGGCCACUAUACACAAGGUAACAGGAGUUCGCUAUAAUGGCUACUUCUAGCUAGCAGACUAGUGAUUCAACCUGAUGAAACAGGUCUCUUUCUCUCUCAGGUGCUGUUGGAUGGCUACCUCAUGGUGGGCAUUGAUGGCACAGAUGUGUCAGGUGAUGGGUCUGACUGGUUCUGCUACCACGCUUCCUCCCAUGCCAUUCUACCCAAGGGAUACUGCCAAAAUCACAACAUACAGCUCACCACUCCC